UUCCCCUGCGACCCCCUGUUCUGAGAGACUUCUGGGGGGAAACAGAACGGGGAAAGUCUUUCUCUCGCUUUAUUAGUUUCCCUUUAACUCUGGGCUUUCUGGGCCAUUUCUCUUCAAUAUGGCUCAAAUGCAGACUGCAGGAGCAGACCCCACCAAGAUGGGGAUUGGACGUGCCAUCGCUGUGCUGACAUCAGGAGGUGAUGCUCAAGGAAUGAAUGCUGCAGUGAGGGCCACAGUCAGAGUCGGCCUGUACACAGGAGCCAAAGUCUUCUUCGUUCACGAGGGCUACCAGGGCCUGGUCGAUGGGGGAGAUAACAUUCGUCCAGCUACCUGGGAGAGUGUGUCCAUGAUGCUCCAGUUGGGAGGCACUGUGAUUGGCAGUGCUCGCUGUAAGGAUUUCCAGACCCGUGAGGGCAGAAUAAAGGCUGCUUACAACCUGGUUAAAAGAGGCAUAACCAACCUGUGUGUGAUCGGUGGAGACGGGAGUUUGACAGGUGCUAACCUGUUCCGUACAGAGUGGAGCGGCUUGCUGGGAGAUUUAGUCAGCAAAGGAAAGAUCACAGGAGAUGAGGCCAAGUCAGCAUCACAUCUGAACAUUGUCGGAAUGGUGGGAUCUAUUGACAAUGACUUCUGCGGGACAGACAUGACCAUCGGCACAGACUCUGCUCUCCAUCGCAUCAUGGAGGUGGUGGACAGCAUCACCACCACAGCCCAGAGCCACCAGCGUGCCUUCAUCCUGGAGGUCAUGGGGAGGCAUUGUGGGUACCUGGCUCUGGUCACUGCGUUAGCAUGUGGGGCUGACUGGGUGUUUAUUCCUGAGAUGCCCCCUGAUGAUGGCUGGGAGGAACACUUGUGCAGGAGGCUGAUGGAGACCAGAAACAGGGGGUCCAGGCUGAAUGUGAUUAUCGUGGCUGAGGGAGCAAUGGGCAGAGAUGGCAAACCCAUCACCUGUGAUCAGAUUAAAGAGCUAGUAUCGAAGAGGCUGGGGUAUGACACACGUGCCACAAUCCUGGGUCACGUGCAGCGUGGUGGAACUCCUUCAGCUUUUGACAGAAUUUUGGGCAGCAGGAUGGGUGUGGAGGCUGUGAUGGCUCUGCUAGAAGCGACUCCGGACACACCGGCGUGUGUGGUCAGUCUGUCAGGGAAUCAGGCGGUCAGACUGCCGCUGAUGGAGUGUGUGCAAGUGACCAAGGAUGUGACUGUGGCCAUGAAAGAGGGCAGAUAUGACGACGCCGUUAAACUCAGAGGAAGGAGCUUUGAGAACAACUGGAACACGUAUAAGCUUCUGGCUCAUGUACAUCUUCCAGAGACCAAAAGUAACAUUAACGUGGCUAUCCUGAACGUGGGGGCUCCCUGUGCUGGCAUGAAUGCAGCUGUGCGAGCUGCAGUCAGAAUCGGGAUCAUCCAGGGCCACAACAUGCUGGCGGUGCACGACGGCUUCGAGGGCUUAGCCCAGGGAAAGAUUGAACCUAUCAAUUGGAACAGUGUUGGUGGCUGGACUGGAAAAGGAGGCUCAGUUUUGGGCACCAAAAGAGUUCUUCCAGCCAAACACAUAGAGGAGAUAAGUCUGAACAUUGCCAAGCACAACAUUCACGCUCUGGUCAUUAUUGGAGGUUUUGAGGCGUUUUCAGGUGGUCUAGAGCUGGUCCAGGCCAGACAAAAGUAUGAAGAACUGUGCAUCCCCAUGGUGGUCAUACCUGCUACUGUCUCUAAUAACGUGCCUGGAUCAGACUUUAGCAUUGGAGCCGAUACUGCCCUGAACACAAUCACCUCGACCUGUGACAGGAUUAAGCAGUCAGCUGCUGGCACUAAGAGGCGUGUGUUCAUCAUUGAGACUAUGGGAGGUUAUUGUGGUUAUCUGGCCACCAUGUCCGGUCUCGCUGCAGGUGCGGACGCCGCCUACAUCUAUGAGGACAAAUUCGGGAUUCGUGAUUUAGAGGCGAAUGUAGAGCAUCUGGUAGAGAAAAUGAAGACAACAGUCAAGAGAGGCCUGAUUCUUAGAAAUGAGAACUGUAAUGCCAACUAUACAACUGACUUCAUCUUCAACCUGUACUCAGAGGAAGGAAAGGGCAUAUUUGACUGCCGUAAGAAUGUCUUAGGACACAUGCAGCAGGGUGGAACUCCAACCCCAUUUGACAGAAACUUUGCCACUAAGAUGGGGGCGAAGUCUGUUCUCUGGCUAACUGAGAAGCUGAAAGAGUGUUACAGACAUGGGCGUAUUUUUGCUAACAGUGCAGACUCUGCGUGUGUGCUGGGGAUGAAGAAGAGAGGGCUGAUGUUCCAGGCUUUGGCUGAACUGAAGGAGGAAACAGAUUUUGAACAUCGAAUUCCAAAGACUGAGUGGUGGCUGAAGUUGAGACCCAUUCUGAAGAUCUUGGCCAAAUACAAGAUCAGUCUGGACACCACAGAACACGCUCACAUGGAGCACAUUAUCAGCAAGAGAGGUCCGGUGGCCUUAUCCGGAAAAAUGAAAGAGUGAAAAGAGGACUGAGACGAGUGAAGCCUGAAUAUUCAGUCUCUCUCAGGUCAACAGCCUGUUCUACUCAUUAUUGUGUUUCUGUUCUGACCUCUCUUUUUAUGUGAUGACCUUUCAUUUUGUGAUAUUCUGUCUGUGCACUUAUAGGACUUCUUAUAGGAUCUUGUGUUAACAAUGAUUACCAGCAAAUACUGGAAUAUUAAUUUAAAAAUAAAGUAAACGUUCCUAAAUUAGAA